AGACCAGUGGUGGAUAGAAAGAGAAAGGGAAUGGCUAGCCUUAUGUGUCUCAUCUUCUACCGAUGAAAAUACCUUCUUUAUACUUCCUAUGGGAACAAAUUUGCUUUAUUACCAUGGAAACCGACAUAUUCUGUAUUCAUGGUCUAUAAUAUUUCGCUUAUAGCAGCACCACGCCUUUUUCUGUACCAAUUUGUAUCCCAUUUUUUGCAUUGGUGUCUUCAUUCUUACCGGAGCUGCCUAACCAUCUACCCAAUUUGAUUCUGAAUCUGAUUUGAGAUCUUGAAUUGUGGAUAAAUCUACAAAUCAUCCAUGUACGAUAAUUCAUACAUACAUGGAUUUGAAGAUUCGGAGGCGGGUUCAGCGGAUUCGUACACCAGCCGACCCUCAGACUCGGAUGUGUCUCUGGAGGAGGAGAAGGAGGGGGGCCGACAGGAGCGAGAGCAGCAGGCCACCGUCCAGCUCGAGAGGGCAAAGGCGAAGGGUGUGGCGUUUGCGGUCCGCACAAAUGUGAGUUAUUGUGGCGCUCUGGAUGAGGAUGUCCCCGUAGCUGGGACCGGGGUCUCGUUUGAUGCCAAGGACUUCCUGCACAUCAAAGAGAAGUACAAUAAUGACUGGUGGAUCGGGCGUUUGGUGAAGGAGGGCUGUGAGAUCGGCUUCAUCCCGAGUCCUUUAAAACUGGAAAACAUCCGACUGCAGCAAGAGCAGAAGAGAGGACGAUUUCAUGGGAGUAAAUCCAGUGGGAACUCAUCCUCCAGUCUGGGGGAGAUGGUGUCGGGUAAACAAAAGCAGAAAGUGGCAGAGCACAUUCCUCCUUAUGAUGUGGUUCCCUCCAUGAGACCAGUCGUGCUGGUGGGACCUUCCCUCAAAGGUUAUGAGGUGACAGACAUGAUGCAGAAAGCACUCUUUGACUUCCUUAAGCACAGGUUUGAUGGAAGGAUAUCCAUCACCAGGGUAACGGCUGACAUUUCUUUGGCCAAGAGGUCAGUACUGAACAACCCCAGUAAGAGAGCCAUCAUUGAGAGGUCCAACACACGCUCCAGUCUGGCGGAGGUGCAGAGCGAGAUCGAGCGUAUUUUCGAGUUGGCCCGGUCUUUGCAACUCGUGGUUCUGGAUGCGGACACCAUAAACCACCCAGCCCAGCUCAUUAAGACCUCUUUAGCUCCCAUCAUCGUCCACGUCAAAGUCUCCUCACCCAAGGUGCUCCAGCGUCUGAUCAAAUCCAGAGGAAAGUCUCAGAGCAAACACCUGAAUGUGCAGCUCGUCGCGGCUGAAAAACUCUCACAAUGUCCCUCUGAGAUGUUCGAUAUAAUCCUGGAUGAGAACCAGUUGGAAGAUGCGUGUGAGCACCUGGCAGAGUACCUGGAGGCGUACUGGAGAGCCACACACACGUCUCUGAGCACUCCCCUCAACCCUCUGCUGGGACGAAACCUGGGCUCCACCGCACUCGCCCCCUACCCUGCUGCCAACCAGGCCCAAAGAAACCGUAACAGUAACCACACGACGUCAGACCACUCCCCAGUCGAGCGCCGCAGCCUGAUGCCCGCAGACGAAAACUACCACAACGAACGCGCUCGCAAGAACCGCAACCGCCUCUCCUCAGGCUCCCAACACAGCCGCGACCACUCCCCUUUGGUCGAGGAGGACUUCCAGGACCCCUACCAGGACUCCUAUAAACCCCACCGCAACAGGGAGUCUCCGGGCGGGUACAGCCAAGAAGCAAGACACCGCGUUUAAACUCUAGUCCCACUCCAAUCUAGACAUGUCUUCUGAAAUCGAAAGCUAAGGACCACAGUAUAGUGAAGUUUCUACACUGAUCUGGACCAAUAUAACAUGUGUAGGAUUUCACUUUCCCUGCCAGAUGUAUAGCUCUUGUUGUAUAUGACCAAUGUUGAUGGAAGGAGUAGCACAAGAGCAUAUACUAAGGGAUGUAAACAGGUUUUUUGAAGCCGAAAUUCAUGUGUGAUGUUACUGUAGCAUGCAGGGAAGGCUAUGAACAGGUGAACUGGGAAGCCAAUGGCCAAAGUACUCAGCAACAGUGAAAAAGACCAACUCAGAACCAGUUUGCACGCACCAGGAGCUUGUGGAAAAAGUCUAGAGGCUCUGUUUGUUUGUCUGCGAUGUGAGUGAAAAUAUCCACUCAAUGCCUGCGCUGAAAAAUUGCAUUGAUUUUGAAUGGUAUAUUACUGCCCCAAUCAUGAUGCCAUUUUGAUAGUUCAGCCUGACCAGCCAUACCCAUCUUCUAAAUUGUUUUAUUACAUUUUUACUAGCUUAUAUAUUUGAAAUUUUGCUUUAUUUUUGGUGAUUUUAUUUACAAAAUACAACUCUAAAUAAUAAUAACUUAAUCCCCUGAUCCUCUUUGUCACCUAGGUCAUAUUUUAAAAUAAAUCUAAACUAAUAAUCAGAAUACCAAUAAUUUUGUUACAUGUGCAUAUAUAUAUUUUUGCAGUGUUGGGAAUCAUUGGCCAUUUGGACCAAUAACGACUAUUCUUACAGUCUAAAAUGGGGUGUUUUGUAUUUUUUAUAUGUCUUGAAGCUAUCCUGUUUUCCCUACUCAGUUCUGACCUGUAUAUAAAGAUACACUAUGUAACCUGGCUGAUGCAGGGUCUGUUAUCUGCUUGUCUCCAUGGAGAUGUAUUUUCUUUACCUCGAAUGUUCUGCAGUACGGCAUUUGAACAUCUUACAUUUCUUCAUACACAUAUACCUGUACUUGGCCUGGUGGCAUCACCUCCUUGUCUCCAGGGAGAUAAGUUUAAUGCCAUACUGUGGAACAUUCAAGAAGAAGAAAAAGAAAUAACUCCAUGGAGACCUGUGGUGGACCCUGUGGCAAGAAAGUUACACAGUGCACCUUUAACUAUUCAAUCAUCAGGCAUAGAAGACAAAUUCUCUAUACUGAUUAGAAGAACUGUUGGUAUGGCUGGCUAGGCUAACAAUAAAUCGAUAUUUCAGAAUGCAAACUGACACCGAAACACAUUAUAAAGCUGUACUCCUCAGGAAAGGGCGGUCAUGGAGAUGUAGCAUCGAUGCACUUAAUAUUAUGGAUGGAUUUAUUUUCAAGUUAAAUUAUAAAUAGUUUACCUUCACUUUUUCUCUUUUCAUAAAUAUAUUGCUGUAACAUGGGUCAUAUGGAUAGUAUAUUGUCUAGAUAACAAUUUUACGGUACUUGCUAAGCUACUACUGCAACUACUACGACUACUUUGCAGCAACAGCAAUAUGACAUUUUUGAAGCAUUAUACAAUUAUGAUUAAUAGGCAAAUAACGAUUUACUAUUACUUGCUCCAACACAUAUAUGUCUAUUGUUGUGCAUUCAACAAUGAAUGAAAAAAAUACAAGUAACUGUCCAUAAAUCUAGUGACUACUUUUACGCAUUAGAUAUAGUGGCAAAAAGCUACUGCUAAAACUGGUGUCUAGACAUUUCUAUCUUCAGUUAUACAAACACAUGUCCCAUUGAAGUAAUUAUUUAGAUUUAAAAAAAUAUACUGACAUUCUAUAAAGUAAUGCGGCAUGUAACUUUUCUACUACUUUCCACUACUUGCUUGUCUCCAUGGCGAUGUUAAUCUUUGCCUGCAUUGGUCCACAGUGUGGCAUUAAACAUAUCCAUCUUGCAUAUAUUUUAUCACGCGUGUUUUUAUUGCUCAAAAAUACCUUGAAAAACAUGCAUUCUGACUGUGAGCAGGCCUCUCCACAGAUCUGACCUGUAAUUUGGCCUGAUGGCACUGACAUUGUCUUCAUAGAGAUAGAUAAGUUUAAUGCUAUACAGGCAAAUAACAUCUGAAUGGAGACGUGCAAGUGGGACCCUCCACCAGAAAAGUUGCAUAGUGGAGCUUUAACCAUAUCAUCCUGUAUUUAAUAUCAUUUUCUAUAUUGAUUUUGUUGAUAUCUGCAAAAGUGAAAUGGCCAGGGAUAUGCUGAAUGUAGUCUUUCUGUCACUGGAAAAAAAAAAAAGAGAAAAUGAGCAGUUUUCGUUUUUAAUAUAUGAAUUUACUUGUAUGCUGCCAGCUGUUACAGAAAUAUAAAUAUACCAUUAUGUUUACUGCCAUAUCCAUAUAUCGUGUGAUUUAAAAUGCCAGAGACUCUUUACAAAUGGACUAUAGACUUCUGUUCAACUAUCCGGCAUCUUAAACAGUAGCUUUUCUUGUUGAUGUUUUGAAAUCUGGAGCAUAAGAAGAAACCACUGGAUCUGAAAACUGCCUGUGAGAGAAUGAUGCACUGAUUAUUGGUUUGUGUGCCAUGCCUUUUACAAAAACAAUGAAAUAAACUGCCCUUAUGCUACAA